UAUCUGAUAUAAAAUUUGAUACUCCUGAUAUUUUUUCAAUAUAAAACAUUGUUGAUAUUGGCAAGAAAAUCAGUUUGGUGAGAAAAUGAUUGGGCAUAUUGCAAUUGUGGUGAUUUUAGCAACUUCGGUUGCUUCAUUGGAUGUUAAGGUUCAGGAUGUGGACUGUGGAGUAGUAGGCCAGUUGAUCCCGGAUCCUAAAAACUGCAGUAGAUUUUAUGAAUGCACCUUCAGUGGUUGGGUUGGAUUAUUCUGUUAUCCUGGACUGCAAUUCAAUCCAGCAACUCAAGAGUGUGACUUGGCCGAAAAUGUCCAAUGUGAAAUUGAUCUCAAUACAAAAUUGACAAAUCUAGAGCCAUGUCAGAAAGUAGACCAAUUGAAACCCGAUGUUAAAAACUGCAGUAGAUUCUACGAAUGUACCCUGGCUGGUUGGGUGGGAGAAGCUUGCAAUCCCGGUCUUGAAUUUAAUCCUGACACUCUCCAGUGUGAUUACCCAGCAAAUGUGAAGUGCGCUACUGAAAAUACUAAAUAUGAUGUAGACUGUGGAGUAGUAGGCCAAUUGAUCCCGGAUCCUAAAAACUGCAGCAGAUUUUAUGAAUGUACCUACAGUGGUUGGGUUGGAUUAUUCUGUUAUCCUGGACUGCAAUUCAAUCCAGCAACUCAAGAGUGUGAUUUGGCCGAAAAUGUCCAAUGUGAAAUUGAUCUCAAUACAAAAUUAACAAAUCUAGAACCAUGUCAGAAAGUGGACCAAUUGAAACCCGAUGUUAAAAACUGCAGUAGAUUCUACGAAUGUACCCUUGCUGGUUGGGUGGGAGAAGCUUGCAAUCCCGGUCUUGAAUUUAAUCCUGACACUCUCCAGUGUGAUUACCCAGCAAAUGUGAAGUGCGCUACUGAAAAUACUAAAUAUGUGAAUCUAGAGCCAUGUCAGAAAGUGGACCAAUUGAAACCCGAUGUUAAAAACUGCAGUAGAUUCUACGAAUGUACCCUUGCUGGUUGGGUGGGAGAAGCUUGCAAUCCUGGUCUUGAAUUUAAUCCUGACACUCUCCAGUGUGAUUACCCAGCAAAUGUGAAGUGCGCUACUGAAAAUACUAAACAUGAUAUUGAACUGGAGCCAUGUUUAGAAGUAGACCAGUUGAUCCCAGAUCCCAAGAACUGCAGCAGGUUCUAUGAAUGCACUCUCAAUGGUUGGGUUGGUUUAUUCUGUUAUCCUGGAUUAGAGUUCAAUCCAAAAACUCUACAGUGUGACUACCCCGAAAAUGUUCAGUGUACAAAUGAAUCACGUGUGAAAAUUUCACGUGAGGAACAAGCAAAACUAGAAUAUUCGAAGAAUAUUCAAAAAAUAAUAAAAAACCAACAACCCUCUUGUACUUCAAAUAACUAUGAUGAAUUGUUUCCUGAUCCUUCAAACUGUGGAAGAUUUCUGGAAUGUUCAAGCUUAGGAUUAGUUUCUAUGCCUUGUCCUGAUGGUUUAUUUUUCAAUCGGCAAACUAAGUUAUGUGAUUACGCGUGGAAAGUAGAAUGCUAAUGAUGAAUAUGAAUAAAUCAGUUUACUAAG